UAAUGACCGGCAUUCUAUACAUUAUUCCUUACCUGUGUCAUGUUGUACAGCCUUGGCACAAUGAAUUUACAGUUUUUCUUCAUUUGCUUUCAUGCUUCUGUCAACUCUAACAUCACAUUUUCAAAACAAUUAACACACAGUCUUAAACAAAAGCAGUCUGGCCAAAAUAACGCUUACAAAACAUUUCAGACAUGCAACAAAAGUUAAACAUUCCUUCAAACAAUGCACGUUCAACCCUAAUUUUUGCGAUGUCUGUGCCAUUUCUUGAAAGUGUGCGUAGUAUGUGUAAAAAGGCGAACAAGCAUACCACAGCAUGAAUUAUAUUCUUCCCUCCAAACAUGCACCUGUCAUUGACCUUUAAGACCUAAAAUAAGCACCUAGACUACACAAAUUUGUACAUUCAAGUACAGCUACUUGUCAGUUGUCAUUGACAGACCUACAGUACACACCUGGACUUGUCACCCUUUGUAUUGCCCUUUCACAAUAUAAUAGAGACAGUUCUUCUCUCAGUCAUCAAAAGGUGCCUUUAGUCUCUUUGAUCCAUGCUUGCAAAUUCUGUAACAACGCAGAGGUGGUAUCUUUGAAAACAUUUUGCAAAGAAAUUUCACAUCACUUCAGAGUUUCAUAAUAAUGCAAACAAUAUCUGAUGACUUCUUAUUUGUUCAACUCAGUUAAUCCAAUAGAGUUUGGAGUAUUUCAUCAAGUGCAUCUAGUAAGAAAAACUGUACCACCUCUCCUGUGUAUAUCUGAGAUCUUAAACAAAAAUCUUUUUGGACAUUGUGAGGCUGUUCUUAAUCCUGUGGGAAACCACAUACCUGAAAUCAAAUACUCAAUUGUUACCCAACACCAAUGGGAAUGUGUUAACAAAACCUGAACAACAAAACUGCUCAAUAGAAGAAUAGGCCCCCUCCCUGCCUCUCAACUGUGUAUAAAGCACCGUCAGUCUGCCCCAGUUCCUCACACACAGCGACUUUUCCCCUUUACCUGCAGAUCAACGGACAAGGAGUUUAAGGGACGGAAGCGUUGGCGUUGGGUGAGAUGCUGGGGCUGCUGGCGGUGGCGAUGGUCACGGCGCUGGUCGCUGGUCCGGCUGAGGGACAGUUUCUGACCAAGUGCGAGCUGAAGGCAGCGCUCGAGGACGCACUGUUGGAGGACAAAGGCGGCAGGAAGGGGGCGUUCAAUCUGCAGGACCUUGUGGCCAAGCUCAGCAAAGCCGAGGUCAACCCGACCCUGGUGACUGUCAUUCACCCCUCCAGGCCAGAGGGUGCGACUGAGCCGGCUGACAAGCCAGAGGGACCCGAGCCUGUGAUUCCUCCACUGACCAGGCCGGUCCGGCAACCACUCCAACUGAGGCAGCGGGCAGUGAUGGGCAGCAGAGGCUGCAUCAAGAUACGGUUCGGACGGUGGGUGGUGACAAUAUGCAUAAGAGCAGAAGAGGCGCGAAACAACCCGUUGAACCCGUUGAGCCCAUUGGAUACACCUUCACUUGAGCUAUGCCAGAUGCGCUGCAGUGAUUUGAUGGGCAUCAGGGAUGACAUGGCCUGUAUGAAGGAACUGAAGAGAGACCAAGAAAAUAUGAUGGCCAAAAGGUUUCCACAGAAAUGCUCCGUUGUUCGUUCUGACUACUUCGACGAGUGCCCCUGAGUGAACAUGCGGACUGGCUGGAGACCUAUGGUGGUAUCCUAUGUAGCCUUUCCCUACCCACUUCUGUCACUCAACAUAUCCACUAUUAGUUCUAAUGUCUUUUUUCUGCCAUGAGUAAAUGUGACCUUGUGAAAUUCUUGAGCAAUUCAACAUUUGGUAACAUAAUCCAGUCAGUUGUUGGCCUACCAACACCUCUGCGGAUUCUGCUCUUUUAACACAUGAAUAAAAAAGAAUAGCUUCACAAAA